GCCGUCUCUUUCGCCCAUCGCACUAAACACCAACUCUGUCGCCUGCGGCCCGAUGGAGUCGCUCAAGCCGGAGACCGUCAAGGCAAUCUUCCAAGAGAGCACCGGCACUGAGUUCAAGAUCAGUAAGGAUGCUCUGCUCGUCAGCACCAAGCUGCUGGCGCUGUUUGCUGAAGAGGCCAUUCUGCAGUCCAUCGAGUGCGCCAAAGAGACCCCUGCGAUUCCAGCACGCCGGUCGCUGGACGGUCGAUUGUCGGGAUCUGCCGACCACGGCGAGCCCAGCCGACGGGUGACUGUCACUGCCGAGCAUCUCUCCAAGGUGGUGCCCCAGCUCCUGCUGGAUUUCAGCUGAGGAAGUCUUUGGGAGGGACAGCCUGGAAGCACAGCGAUGUGGAAUGCGGUGUCGACAAGCAGAUUCGCCAAAGCCAGAUCAUAGCACACAAUACACACGCCCUGCUCGCCUCCA